GGCCCUGGACCACCCUCCUCCAUUCUUUAUUUAUAACACAAGAGAGUGCGAGAGUGCGGGAGCAAGAGAGCGAUAGUUUUUGUAAUCUGAAUCAGUUGAGAAUCCACUGGUGGGAUCAGAUUCGGUUCUAUCUUGGAUCCUGCUUUUGAAUAAUUGAUCAGUUCCACAACCAGAUUGUCGUGUUCUUCUUCUUCUUUUGUUUCAAUAAAUUCUUAAAAUAAUUUCCGGAGAGAGGACAAUUCAAAUGCGAAUUCGGAGAAUUUCACGUAAUUUUUCAGUGUACCAGAGCUUUACACUUCUCGUUUCGGAUUUAAUGGUGAUUGAUGUCGAACUUUAAUCUCGGAAAUCGGAAAUGUCGGUUUACGUUGCUCGUGAGGCUCCUAAGCUAUGGAGGAAAAUAUGCGCAGAGGCGUCUAUAGAGGUUUCGCUCCUUGCAGAAAAUUGGAAGUUUGUUCUUGCUGGGCUCGUUUUUCAGUAUCUUCAUGGAUUGGCUGCUCAUGGAGUUCAUUACUUACACCAGCCAGGGCCAACACUUCAGGAUGCUGGGUUCUUUCUUUUUCCGGAACUUGGUGAGGACAAAGCAUAUAUCAGUGAGACUAUAUUCACCUUCAUCUUUUGUUCCUCUGUCUUUUGGACUUUUCAUCCUUUCUUUUUUCAGAGCAAAAGAAUCUACACCGUCCUGAUGUGGUGCAGGAUUCUUGCUUAUUUAGUCGCGUGUCAAAGUCUCCGGAUCAUCACAUUCUAUGCAACUCAGCUUCCUGGUCCAAACUAUCAUUGUCGAGAGGGCUCGAAACUUGCCAGGCUGCCCCCUCCAGAAAGUGCACUCGAAGUGAUUUUAAUCAACUUUCCUCAGGGGGCGGUAUAUGGCUGUGGUGAUCUGAUUUUUUCAUCACACAUGAUUUUUACCUUAGUAUUUGUUCUGACAUACCAAAAAUACGGCACAAGGAGGUGCAUUAAACAAUUUGCUUGGUUGUUUGCUAUUAUCCAGAGCCUCCUGAUUAUAGCAUCUCGCAAGCAUUACACAGUUGACAUUGUUGUAGCAUGGUAUACUGUAAAUUUGGUGGUGUUCUUUCUUGACAAGAAAUUGCCAGAAUACUUAAUCUCUGUAGAUGGUGACUUAGUUGUCUGCACUGCAGAAUUGCCAGAUCGAUCCAGUAGCUCUACAUCUUCACCACUACCUCCUUGAGCUCCAAAAAGAAGGAUAGCAAGAACAAAAAAGAGCAUAAAAGAAUUCCUUAAUGGGAUUUCCGCAGAUAAUACAUAUUUACAGAAAAACAUUUGUGAAUAUUUCUAAUCAGCGUACUCGGUGUAAUUAAGAGUUGCUGGAUGCUUUUUUGACUGUGAAAUGAAAUUGUAAAGGCUAUGUUUUUGGAGACAGAGAAUGCUAAUGAAACACAAGAUAAGAACAUAGUGGUAUGUAGUACAUAGAUGACAGCACCAGCUGAAGAUAGCUAUGCUGCCAUUACCACAAUUGUUAUGUCCAUAGUUCUGCUUUUAUUGAUCCAACCUCAACUCUUCUAGACCUUGAUCAACAUGAUUUGUAUUGUUGGAAGGAGUAAUGUUACAUAUCACCCUUAUGUUCUCAUUUUGUCCCCCAAAAUUAAUGUGGCUCUUAAAAUCAUCAAAGGUGAUAUGUAGCAUUACUCGGUUGGAAGUGGAAAAGAUUUACAUAAGGUUUUAAAAUGCAUAUUCAAUUCUCCUCAUGUUUCCAGUUGCAUUGUUUGUUGAUUUUCACCCUUGUCUUCAAUGGUGAAGUGCACAUCCUUACUUGCAUAAGCAGUUUGUAUAUCAAUUCUUUAUUUGAGCAUAAAAGGAAGGAGAGGGAGAGGGAGAGGG